AUGACCGCCAAAUCCCCCAACAAUAGGGCUGCAUAUCUCACCAUCGGCGACUUCGCUUUUCCCUGGAUCAAGUAUCCCGCUAUCGUGGGCAACGACAUUGCAGGCGAGGUUAUUGAAGUCGGCACAGGUGCAACCCGCUUCAAGAUCGGAGACCGAGUUGUAGCACUGGCCGUUGGAACGGACAAACGCAGCAACAAGGCAUCUGAGAGCGCUUUCCAGGAAUGCGUCGUCAUUCGCACCCAUAUGGCGGCGCAAAUACCGGAAUUCGUCAGCUAUGAAGAAGUUGCUGUCCUUCCUCUUGCACUCGGCACUGCCGCCUGUGGCUUGUACAUGAUAGAUCAGCUUGCCCUGCCGCAUCCGAUGGUAGACCCCAAACCCAAUCGCGAGGUCCUUGUCGUCUGGGGCGGCUCAACCAGUGUGGGAAGCAAUGCUAUCCAGUUAGCCAUUGCCAGCGGUUAUGAAGUUAUCACAACAGCUUCGCCUAAGAACCACGCCUAUGUCAAGAGACUUGGCGCAUCGGCGGCGUUCGACUACAAGAGCAAGACUGUCGCCAAGGACAUUAUCGAAGCUGUCGGAAAUCGGACUCUGGCCGGUGCCAUAGCGAUCGGAGAGGGCUCGACGAACCCAUGCAUUGAGAUUGUUGCCGGUUGCAAAGGCAAGAAGUUUGUUGCACAGGCUAGCUUGAGCGGUGUUGGCGUCCCAACUACCAUUCUACAAGCCAUUGGGAUGUUGUUUACAAUGAACUGGGCCAAGUUGUCAACCUGGAGAAAGGCAAAGACGAACGGCGUCGGCUACAAGUUUCUAUGGGGCAGUGAUUUGAUGGCGAAUGAGGUAGGAAAGGCCAUCUUUGAAGACUUCUUGCCGGAAGCACUUGCCAGAAAGCAAUUUGUCUGCGCGCCAGAGCCCCAAGUUGUUGGACACGGACUGGAGAAGGUCCAAGAAGCAUUGGACAUCCAAAAGAACGGAGUUUCAGCAAAGAAGAUUGUAAUAACCCUUUGA